AUGAGAGGAAAUGGCUCCUUUCUUCGGAACCCUCGCAUCCCUUUUAUAGGGGUGGGAACCGCCUCCCUGCUCUUAAUCUCCGUCGAUCCUUAUCUACGAUCCACCAUCACCGGCCGUGAUGGUGACCUGUACUUACCUCGACCUCCCCUCAACAAGGCAAUCACAGGGUUUGGCAUAGGGAGGGUGGUACGAUCAAAAAAUAAAAACUUUAACGAGGGUGAUAUCGUCAUUAACCCUUUUUCACCUGUUGCUGAAUACAGCAUCGUGCCAGCUGAUUUCCUUAGAAAGAUUGAUCCAACAACCGAUAUCGCGUUGCCUAAUUACCUCAGUUGUCUUGGGGUACCCGGCUUUACUGCAUGGGUGGCAAUAGAGGUGCUGGGGAACCCUAAGCCUGGCUCAAAUGUGUUUAUAUCUGCGGCUGCUGGAGGUGUUGGAAUGUUUGCUGGACAAUUGGCUAAACUAAAAGGAUGUCGAGUUGUUGGAAGCACAGGGUCUAAUGACAAAGUUCAACUUAUAAAGGACGAAUUUGGAUAUGAUGAGGGUUUCAACUAUCAUGAAGAAUCAGAUUUUGAUGUUGCAUUAGCCAAGUAUUUUCCAGAUGGAAUCGAUCUAUACUUGGAUAAUGUUGGUGGUAAAUUGCUAGAUGAUGUUCUUAAUCACGUCAAUAAAGGUGCUCAUAUCGUCAUAAGUGGGAUGAUAUCUCAAUACAACACAAUUCCGGCAGAGAGAGAAGGCGUGAAGAACCUAAUGAAUAUGGUGGGAAAAGACGUGAAGAUGCAGGGAUUUCUUUGUGGUUCGUAUUUGAAUCAGUUUGGAGAAUUUGCACAACAAAUGGAAAAGUACAUCAAAGAAGAGAAGAUAAAGCCGAAACACAAAAUAAAUCAAGGGAUUGAGAGUUUUUUUGAAAGCUUUGUUUCCCUUUUCUCGAGCUCCAACCUCGGAAAAGUUAUUGUUCAAGUUGCAACGUAAUUGAGAAUGAAUUAUGUUGGAAUUUUCUUCGCUAUCCAUAUGAAUCUAUGCUUUAUUGAAUCAUUUAUGUUGGGUGAAUUACAUGAUGUAAAAACUGACUACUGAGAAUAAAAUUUGUAGGCAUUUGGUUUGCAAGAAUCCUUUUUUUUUUUAAUGAAAAAAUAGUAGGG